GCUUCUCAGGUCUAUUACGACCUACAUACGCAUUAGACACGAAAGCUCUUGUAAUCCUUGACCGGACGCACACUGCACUUUGUUUAUCGUCACCGAACAUUUCUAUGCGUGCCUUGCUUAGCUGACGCCGACCCAACGGGUGCCUAUGCUCAUUCCCCUAAAUGUCUGAGGCCAUUGAACAUCAUUUGGAAGCGGUUGUUCACUUCUUAAAUUUAUCAAGUAAUGAGCAGAAACAAAAAUGAACCCAAAAUCCUUCUGUGCGACCUCAACGAAUACAUUACUUGCAGCCUGUGCAACGGAUACCUAAUAGACGCUGUAUCGAUCACCGAAUGCCUCCACCCGUUCUGCAAAUCUUGCAUCGUAAAGUAUUUGCAAGACAAGUACAACUGCCCCUCAUGUGGAAUACUCAUACAUCAAAGUCACCCCCUCAACUACAUCAGUUUUGAUCGAACGCUCCAGGAUAUCGUAUAUAAGGUUGUUCCUGAUCUAAAAAGAAGUGAAAGAAAACUUCGUGAGAACUUUUAUUUCAACAUGGGGAAAACUCCACCACUCAGCGAAGAACUAAUACGUGAGAGGUUUUCCCCUAAUGGCCGAGACACCGCGCCUGGCAGUGCAGAUAUCCAGGCUUCCAGCCCCUCGAAUACAGCCGGCCUUGCUAGUGAUCGGAAUUAUCACCGCCAUGAUGAACAGGUGAAUGUGCAGUUGGAGCCCGGUAGCAGUUUAUUGGAACCACUGUCGUUUAAGUAUCUUCGACUGUCUGCUCUUGCGACGGUGACGCACUUGCGCAAGUACGUGGCGCAGCAAGUUUUGCGUGAUAUAUCGCGAUUCCGGGACAUUGAUAUCUUUAUAUUGAAUACUGAAGAUGGUACUUUUCUCGGACGUGACCAUAUCCUCAAGUUCGUGCGCGUAGUUUACUGAAACGACGAUGAACCUAUGCCUUUACAGUAUCGAUUCAGGCAGCAACUCUAUUAGCUUUGACCACGCGCUUGACGUCUCGCUCCGCUUUCAAACCCUCGAUCUACAUUCUAUCUGAACUACCGGAUUUUUCUACAGAUUAUGCAUACUUCCCACUAACGAAUAUACUAUGCGUGUGCAGCGUUUUGUUCUCAA